AUGACGUAUAUUUCCAAUUCGAAACUAUUGCAAAUCGCCGCAAUAGGUGGAUUUGUUGUCGCUAGUACGGGAUUGUACCUACAAACAAAAUUAGUCGACAAAGUAAGAGACUUGGAUUAUUAUAGACUUGCUCUUAAAAAAUUGAGAUCACAUCCAGGCGCCGUUUUUUACUUAGGAGAACCAAUAAAAGAUAAGAGAUUUAAAAUAAGAGACAGUGAAAAAAAUUAUUGUGAUCAAAAAACGGCUAGAUUCAAAAUACCUGUAUCAGGACCUAAAGAUCGAGGGAGUUACUUCAUUUGGGCAGAAAAUCAAGACGAAAAGUGGUCUAUAACAAAGGCUGAGUUAGAGUUAAAAUCAAGACCAGAUGAAAGAUUAGUCAUUAUUCAAUCCUAA